UUACAUCUGCCAAUGCCUGGUAUUUUUACAGGUAGCGACUUGGACGUGAAGAGGAAGCUGGAACACGUUGACUGUGGAAUCAUAACAUUUUGUAGGUACAUUGCUAAUUCGAAGAAUCUUCCUCAUUUGCAUAAUGAGUGUCGGAUUCAUAGGAGCUGGCCAGCUGGCGCAGGCUUUGGUGAGAGGCUUCUCGGUUGCAGGCGUGAUUGCCACCCACAGAAUCACAGCGAGCUCUCCAGACACUGAACUUCCCACAGUGCAGCAGCUGCGGAAAUUGGGUGUGAACUUUACCACCAGCAACAAGGAGACAGUCAGCAGAAGUGAUGUCCUCUUUCUGGCCGUGAAGCCCCAUAUCAUCCCCUUUGUUCUUGAUGAGAUUGGGCCAGAUAUCGAAGACCGCCACCUUAUUGUGUCCUGUGCUGCGGGUGUGACUAUCAGCUCCAUAGAGAAGAAACUGCAGCAGUAUCGUACUUCUCCAAAGGUGAUGCGCUGCAUGACCAACACUCCAGUGGUGGUGCGUGAAGGGGCCACCGUCUACGCAACAGGUACACAUGCAGAGGUGGAGGAUGGGAAACUUUUGGAACAGCUGAUGGCUAGCGUUGGCUACUGCACUGAGGUGGAGGAGGACCUGAUCGAUGCCGUCACAGGCCUGAGCGGCAGUGGACCCGCCUAUGCAUUCCUAGCUGUGGAUGCCCUUUCUGAUGGUGGAGUAAAAAUGGGCCUGCCCAGGAGGUUGGCUGUACGCCUCGGUGCACAAGCCCUGCUGGGAGCCGCUCGCAUGUUGUUGGACUCAGAGCAACACCCUGGGCAGCUUAAAGACAACGUUUGCUCACCAGGGGGCGCCACCAUCCACGCCCUUCACGUCAUGGAGAGUGGUGGCUUCCGCAGCCUCCUCAUAAAUGCAGUUGAGGCCUCUUGUGUAAGAACGAGGGAGCUUCAGUUUUUGGCUGACCAAGAGAAGAUCUCCCCAGCUGCGAUAAAGAAAACAACUCUGGAUAAAGUUCUUCAGCAGCCAGGCGUCACUGCAGAUGCUGUCGGUGUCAGAACUCGUGGAAUCAAUAUUUUUAACAACACCAACCCCAAGAUCAAGAAAAACUGAGUCUUUUUUGAAAUACCUCGUUCAGUAUAUACACUGUCUAGGAACCACUAUUGACCACUGUUUGCGAACAUGAACCCAUAACAUUUAACACUGUAGAGCAGUGGUCACUUCAGGGAGAUUAAAUCAGAUUUAUAUAGGUUUUGACCAUAUUAAAGGAAAAUUAUGUGAAUAAUUAUUUUUGUGGGAAUUCUUUUUUAAUUGAAUUGACAAAAUAUAGUUGAACCCUUUAAUUUGACAUUGUGUGGAAGCUUGGCAAUCCCUUUGGGUAUGAUGCUACUGACUUCUUUGCCCUACAGAAAUUGUCAUGUUUAGCUUUUUAUAUAUUUAAUGUGAGGGCAGAAGGUUUAUUUUUGUUAUUUUUCUAAAAAAGAAAAAAAGUAUUAGGAUUUUUUUGUGUAAAGAUUUGGUACAAGGUUUAGUUGUAACAAAUUAGAUGGCACUUUGGGAUUUUAUAAUCAGAUACCUAAAGACUAUCAUUAUAGCCUGUUUUAAAAAGUGGAAGUAAGGGCACUUUUUUUCAUCCAUUUGUUUAGGUCCUUAUAUUUGCGAAUAAUAAAAAAACAUAAGUAAAUGUCUUUAUAUUUAUAUUAUCACAAUGUUUUAUGAACUUUAAAAUAUUGACAUAACCAUGUAAGAUUAUCUGGUCUGCUUGUUUUAGCAGUGCCUUACCAAAAUAUAGAUAACCCCAGUACUUUUUUCACAUUUCAUCACUUUACAAUGACAAAAUGUAUGUAAUAUAUUGGGAUUGCCCAACACCAAGUACUGGGUGUGAAGUUGGUGGAGAAUGCUUCAAUAAAAAUUUCAACAAUG